CAUAAACUGACAAAUUGUGGCGAAGAGUUCUAUGUUACGGCCACGAAUGCAGCAAAAGUUUUUUAGCUCGCUCGUCUAGGACUUUAAUAUUUUCCAAGAAAAUUCUCAUUAAUAUUUAAUAAUCAUUUGCUCAAAUUUUUAAUACUGUAAGACAAGACAUUUCUUACUAAUCAACAUCAAAAAAAUUAGGAUAUAUGAAAAGACAAAGAAAAAAUUCUGAUUCUAAAGAGGGCAAAAUGGGUGAAACUCUUGUUGCAAGAUCUGUUAAAAUCUUCUCUGUUGUCUGUGCUUAUUGGACUGUUUCCAUUUCAUUGGUAUUUUUGAACAAGUACUUACUUAGUAGCAAGGAUCUAAAGCUUGAUGCUCCUUUGUUUAUAACAUGGUAUCAAUGUGUCACAUCUGUUGUGGUGUUGUUUUUCCUCAGCUUGCUUGGUGAUAAAUACCCUAAAAUUGACAAGUUUCCAGCUUUUCGUAUUGAUCUAAAUAUUUCUAAACAGGUGUUACCACUAUCUAUUGUUUUUGUUGGGAUGAUUACAGCUAACAAUCUAUGUUUAAAGUACCUUGAUGUAGCCUUUUACAAUGUAGCAAGAGCUUUAACUACAUUUUUCAAUGUGGUUUUCUCGUAUUUCAUUUUGGGUCAAUCAACAUCUAUGCGUGCAAUAUUAUGCUGUGGUCUCAUUAUCUUGGGUUUUUCACUUGGGGUUCGUGAAGAGGGAAACAUUGGAGAAUUAUCUUAUAAAGGUGUUAUGUUUGGUGUGAUUGGCUCCUUAUUUGUUUGUUUAAAUGCAAUCUACACAAAGAGAUGUAUGCCAGCGGUUGAUGGUAACAUUUGGAGAUUACAACUCUACAACAACGUAAAUGCUGUGUUCUUGUUCUUGCCAUUGAUUUUGUUAAAUGCAGAACAUAGUAUAAUUGCUAGUUUUACACAUCUUUCUGAUCUGUAUUUUUGGGUGAUGAUGACUUUAUCUGGUGUUUUUGGUAUUGGAAUUGGAUAUGUGACUGGACUUCAAAUCAAGGUGACAUCACCACUCACACACAACAUUAGUGGUACCGCCAAAGCAUGUGUGCAAACGGUUAUUGCGGUUUGGCUAGCAGCUAGCAACAAAUCUGCAUUGUGGUGGAGUUGCAAUUUCAUGGUUUUGGGUGGAUCUGGUUUAUACACUUACGUGAAACAUGCAGAUAUGAAAAAGAAAAUGGAAGAUGAAUUGCGAGCACGUGCUAUGGAUGAAGAGCAAAAACUGAUAGAUAAAAAUAAUAUUGUUUAAAAUGACAGUCCUGUCAAUUUCAAUCUAAUCAUGAUUUGUUAUGUUUAUAACUCCUGUAGUUAUUUUGCAGUUUAUAAGUAUUAACUAUGUUUACACUAUAAAGAUUCAAUGGAAGUAUCUAGAUUUAAACGAAAACGAAUGCAGAAAAUGUUUUUUCUAAAACUUUUCUAUCGUUAUUUUUUUAUCGUUUUGAUGCCAAAUCUGUACAACUUUGCAAAAUCUUUUGUAAAAACAAUCCAUAUAAAUUUUAAUUUAAGUAACUUUACUCAUGAAUCUGGAUAAAUUUGCUUGUUUAAACAGAGCGGCAUUCAAUUUUUUUAUUUACCAUAAUUGCGAAUAAUGUUGUCCUUGGCUGUUUGUCCUUCUUACCUUGAAAUGCUGCUUAAAAAGACAGAUAUAUGUGUCACUAAUUAAAAACGUAGUCAAGAAGACUGUAAAACAAUAAAAGUAGGUUUGAUGUAACUUUGGGCCUUUUUAUAUGAGACCGGGAAACUCGGUCCACAGAGAUAUCCCGCAUGACCGAGAUUUUGGAUAUUUGGAAAAGACCGCUAAAAAUUGAAAUUGUGUUUAUAUGGUGCAUAUUCAUCUCGCCCGGGCAAGUGAGCCGGGAUCUCGGUCAAACAGGAUGGAUAUUUGUCCAUGUAAGCAGAAAAACCAAGUGUCAAAGUACGAAAAAGUUUAUGUAACCUUAGAGGAGUAAUCUAUAUUAUAAUACCCGUAUACGUCUGUCCGUCCGUCUGUCUGUCACGCAAAAUGGUAGCUUAGCUGCACAAGUAGCGAGACGCUCGCAAUAUGCGGUAUAACAAUGAUGGGCGAACCCAUAGAUUUUUCCACAGCCUAACUACUAGUUAUCACUAUUACUACAUAUCAAUGGACAUAUUUGUUUUUGUAUCAUAGUGUAUUUGUAAUAAAAGACAGCAAAACCAUGAAACAUGCUCUUAAACACAAGGUUUCACUAAAAUUAUAAUUGAGAAUGAUCUAAGAUCAACUUUUAAUCUUGUUUCAAGUGUGUGGAAGAUUUUAAUGAAUAAUAUAUAAAUUGGUCAGAAAUGAUGGAAUACUGGAAUUUUCAAGAAAUUUGAGAAAUAAUUAAUUGUGAUAACACAGUUGUUUCAAGCCUUAACAAUAUCGCUAUCUUCUUUUUUCUGAUAAUGGAAGCAAUAUUUGCUUGCAUAUUCACCCCUCCACUUUUAAUUUCCCGCUAAUUAUUCUUCAUAUAAACCUGGGAUGGAAAAUGACAAAUUUACAUAUAAACUUUAGUUGAUAUUAGCCCGCUCUACCGGGAAACGUGAUGGGCGAGUUUCCCAGUUCUCAUAUAAAAAGGCCCUUAUUGUGUUGAUAGUUUGAAUGUGACAGUCACAUUAACACCUAAUAUAAUAAUUUUUAUUCUGCACAAGAAACUUUUUUAGUAUGGGAAAAAAUUAGAAUUUUUUUUGUAGGGAGUCUGGUUGUGUUUAGUAUUAUUUAUUUUCAUGUUUAGGAUUUGCCAGUUGUUUAUAUUUAUUAAACUUGUUCAUGUUUAUUAGCUACGUUUCACACACAUAUUUACGUUUGUUUUCAUAGCUUUCAUGUUUGUAUUUUGUGCCAGUAGGAUUUUUGAGCACUUUUCACUUAAACAUAUAUAAUUUUUUUUUACAGACUGACCUUUUGAGGUCUUAUUGCACAUAGUGAAUUAAGCUAUGAGUAAAGUAAAAAAGUUUUGUCAUCCAAGGGUUGAUUGAAAAUGCAUUUAGUUCAUUCAAUAAUUCCAAGAAAAUGAUGUAUGAGAGAAGAGUUGUUGAACUCUUAAAACCUUUCCUUCCUUUUUAUAAAUUAAUUCAACACGUAAUUGACUUUUUGAUUGUUGCAAACUAUUUAUUUUUAUGUAGUCAAAUAUAUCUAUGCAAUAACACUU